CACAACAAUACCAACUACACAGCUGCUUUAAAAGCACACUUUUAAAUUUCUUCAAGAAAUAUUAUAUUUUCAAAAUGUCAGACAUAAUCUGUCAGUGGCUGAAUUCAGAGCUGCGCCUGUCAAAAGUCGUUGAGCCGAUUUCCUUCACCAGGGAUUUUGCGAACGGUUAUCUGAUUGGAGAGAUACUGUACAGAUAUGAGCUGCAGGACGACUUUCACUUGUUUUCAAAACAAAGUACGGCGAAUGCAAAGUUGAACAAUUUCACCCGCCUUGAGCCCACCCUUCAGCUGCUGGGCGUGCCCUUUGACCUAGCUAUGGCAAAAUCGGUGAUGUUGGGCAGACACGGGGCUGCCACACACCUGCUGUACCAGCUCUACAUUCUGCUGCAGAAGAAGAAGAGAUCGGGACUCACUGCUGCAUCCAUGUUGGUCAUGCAGCCUGCGGCCACAGCCCGGCUACACCGCAUAGAGAAUAGCAUCUAUACUGAGCGUUUGAAGACAGUAGUAAAGCGUGAGACGGAUCUUAACAUGCAGAAGAUCGCAAAACGCUUCCAUAAACGAGGGCAGGACAUGUACAACCACUCGGUCAUGGCUGAAUUCCUGAAAGAGGAGGAGCGACUCAAACGACUGGAGGACAGGAGAUUGAGAGACAUUGAAAAGCACCGGCAGGCCCGCAGGAAGCAGCAGGAGAUCUCGAUUCAGAUUCAGUCAGCUGUAGUUCAGAUACCAAAACCUCCUAACGCUCGCACAUCCAGAGCCCUGGAGAAACAGCAGCAGCAUUUUCGCAAACAGCGGGAGGCUCAGCAUGUUCAACGUGAGAUCUCUAAUUUUGAGAAGAACCAGCAGAGGAUAUCACCUACUGGCGAUGAAGCUUUACUCUACAGUGGUCAUGUGACCCAGCCAACAAAUGAAGAAGAUAAAGAACAGUGGAACAGGGAGUACAUCAAAAAAAUCCGUCAGCGUCUGGAAGAGGACUCAGCUGCCCGAGAGCAGAGAGAGAUACGGAGACGCCGCGCCCUUCUGGAGCAACUCCAAGCCCACGAGGCUCAGCAGGAGGCACUACGAGAAGAACAGAUGGUCAGUCGAUUGAUGCGUCAGACGCAGCAGGAGAAGAGAAUCGCCGUGCAGCUGAUGCAAAUAAAACAGCAGAAAGAGGUCUUGAGGCAGAACCGAAUCUUCCUGGAAAGACAAUACCAGGAGCGGCGCCUUCGAGACUUCCAGGAGGCUUUGGAAAGAGAAGCAGUUCUGGCUCGACAGGAACAUCUAGAGCACAGUGAAGAGAUCAGGAUGGAACGUGAGCUACACAAACGGCUGGCUGCCGAGCGUGCUCAGGCUGGAUAUCGCAAGCACUUUGACAUCUGCAGAGAAAUCCUGGGGCAGAUUGUGGAUCUGGCAACCAAAGCUGGAGAAUAUCGGCUCCUCACAUCCAAUCUGAUACCAGUGAAGAUGAUUCAAGAGUGGAUGGAGCUGUUUUACAGCGGUAAGCCUUUGUAUGAAGUGGCCAGCGUGGAGCCCACUCCCAUAGACCCCACACCAGAACAGAUAAUUGAACUAGAGAAAUGCAAUAUACUCAACAAGCAAGACUACGAUGAGUAUGUGGGUAUGACGGGUGAGUGGAUUUGGCCAGACGAGGGUGAGAGUCAAGCCCCUCCUGUGAAUAAUGAAAUUCUGGAUCAUGUAGUGAGUCGUCUACAGAGCAUGAUAAUCAAACCCAAUACAAGCUCCCCCACUCCUCUGUUCCCCCGGUUCACCAUCAGAGCCUGUGUGCUAGGAAAAACCUACUCGGGCAAAACCACCUGCCUCACCAGGAUCCACAAUGUUCUUGGCCUUCAUGUGCUCUCGGUCAACACUUUGAUCCAGGAAGCCCUAUCAGCCUAUCAGCAGAACAAUUUGGAGAGAUGUAGCUCACCCACAGAGGACACUGAAAUGAAGGAGACCUCUCUGGACUCAGGACUGCAUUCUCAUGAGACUGAAACAUCUGGACAUCACGAAAGAAAUGAGAAAGAAAAAUGGUUUUUGCGAGUACAGCAUGGUGCUGCGGUAGAGAAAAUCCUCAGGACCGGCAAAGCUGUUCCAGAUGAACUCUUGGUGGACAUCAUAGUGGAUGCUGUCAGGAAUGUUCCUGCUGAUAGUGGCUGGAUUCUAGAUGGCUUCCCAGUGGACGUCACUCAGGCGCAAAUGCUGGAGAAUGCUCUGAAUGGAACAAAACCUGAUGGGGCUGAGCCACAAACACAGCCAAGCAGCGUAGCUAUAAACAAAACCGAUUCUAAACACCCACCCCCUCCAUCAGCUGCUCUUGAUCUAGUUGUGCUGUUAGAUGUUUCAGAUGAGCAGGUUUUGGAACGAGCUGCCGGACAGACUGUGAAGGUGGAUAGCAGAGAGCAAGAGAGAGAAGAUAAUGAUGCUCUGGAGGUAAAGAGGAGUACAGAUUUGGACACACAGGAUCCAAUAUCCCUCUCAACUGACAAAAGCCUGGAGAGAGAACAGAUACAGCACAGAAUUAGUGGUUUCCAUGAUACGUGGCCAAAACUGGAGAAAUGGUUUGGUGACCAGCAGAAUAUUCUAGUAAAAAUCACGGCAGAAGAAGAUGUGGACAUUGUCUACAGUAAUGUGGAGAUGAUCGUAAAGGACACUGUGGAAAAAGUAGCAGCUCUGGGUCACUCCAGGAAAACGUCCUCCUUAUCUGAUCAAACCGGUCCAGGAACUGCCUGUUCUGCUCCACAAACCACCCCAAGAUCUGCUGCUAGGACCUUCGUGGAUGAACCAUUUUCCAAGGAGAUCCCACAGUAUCUUUUGCCAUACUGGGAGACCACCUGUAAUACAUAUGUGACUAAUGUCAAAACAGUGAUGCAGAACCUCCGCGGUGAACGCGAGCUUAUCAUUCACCACCUUUACAACAUCCGGGAGGACUUCAGGCAUCACUUGCAGAAGCCUGAUCUGAAGCAGGAGUUUGUCAGUGCGUGGCAGCGUGAUUAUAACAACGUUCCUGACAACGUCAGAGAUGAUGAGGAGACCAAAGGAGAGCUCCAUCAAAGGCUGGAUGACCUGCGAGAGCGUCUGUGGGACAUCUGUGAUAAACGCAAAGAGGAGUCCAUGCAGGAGAGAGCAGGUGUCAUUGAGGAUGACUGGUUAGAUGAUCAUACCGCUGUAUUAAUCAAUCAUUAUUCUGCAUUAAUGCAGAUAGAAGUGAGCAGGUUUCAAGACUCUGUUUGUUUAUUGAAAGAUUAUUAUUCGGCGAUGUAUAUAUCUGCUUUACCUGAAUCCAGACCUGACUUCGCUCGCGUCCCAUUGCUUGACAUCACCAGGGAUGAGAACAUCGAGCCAGAGGCACCCAAAAUCUCUUCUGUUACGGCACCAUCAGAGAAACGCUCAAAGAGUGCUGGGAGAAAAGACACAGAGAUUGAGGACAAGAAAAAAUCUAAAAUGUUUCCGUUGGUUUCCUGCACCGCUCCCUCCAAUGAAAUCUCCAAACAGGUUCUGUUCUACCCUGAUGAGAAACUACUGCUGGAGUUCUACCAGACAGCACUUGAUGCCAUCAUGAACAUGGUGUGUGCAGAAACCCAGCAGCAAGAGGAAGAGAAGGGUGAGGAAGAGCAGCAGAUUGUUCCCAGACCAUCUCAGGCUUCUAACUCUGCUACAGACAAAAAGAAAUCUGGGAAAAAGAAAGGUGCUGCCUCGCCCUCUCAGGAGACCAGUCCUCAGCCUGCAGUGGAGGUGAACCCUGACCAGGUCAAGACGAGGGCAGUGAGGAAAAGAAUCAAACAGGAGUUCACAGCCGCUCUGGAACAUGAAGAACAUGCAGUGAAUUUGCGUUUAGAGCUGGUGAAGGCUCAUGCACUGAGAACAAUGAGCAGUCUGCAGCAGAGAGCAGAGCAAACUUACGGGAACAUGGACGACUGGCUGGGAGCACGCUUCCUGUCUGAGAUGAACAGUAUCGACCAGUUGACGGAGUUGGUGCGGCAACACAUUGAGAAUUCUGUUCAGAUUCGUCAUGAGCUUGUGCUUCAGUGCACUGAUUUCUGUGUUGAUGGAGACACACAUGUUGUGGCAAGUCCCCCACCCCCUCCACGCCCACUGAUGCUGGAGCAGCCCAAUGACAGCACUCUCACUGUCCAACAACUGAACAUCCUCUGCACUCAGCUGCACAAGGCUGCCCCUACUGGUCUGUUGUCCACUAAUGAGUUGAGUGAGGUUCUGCAGGAUUUAAUGUCUUCUCACAUGGGGAAUGGUGCUCUGCCUGAACCUUGGAUGAAUCUUACUACCUCACAGGUUGUUGAGCUGGUGUGUGUAUUCGCUCCUGACUCUGAGAUGUUGAACUGGCAUCAGUUCUUGCUCAGUGCCGCUCUGCCGUGGCCGUUUCCCUCUCAGAAUCAGCUGAUAAAGACCCUCCAGCGGUACAAAGCCAUCGACACUGCAGGAACUGGAUUCAUCACUCGUGAACAAUACACACAGGUUGAAUUGUGGUUUCCUAGUGAAAGAGAUCUUCCUGUGCCUGAUGACCCAACUGAACCUUUGCCUUUUGACCGACUAGCCAAUCUGAAGCAGUUUUUCUUCACUCUGUUUGCGAGCACAACCUCAUCUCCAGUGACGCUGGAUUACCUGAACAUGCUGCUGUAUUUCUGCUGUCAUCCUGAACCGGCUCAGGGCUUCACCAGAGCACUCGGCCUCAUGAGCGGACACACACUACACUAUAAACACACCAGCCCCCUCAUACAGUCUAUGCCGUAUAUGGAGGGUACAGAGAUCGAGGAGGUUGAUGAUGAGGAAGAGAGAGGGGCGGAGUCAGAGGAAGAGGGCGUGUCAGUUGAUGAUGUUCUCAGAGUUUUGAGUCAUGGAAAUAAUCCUAUGUCUACAUUUCCAAACCGCUUCCAUCUGAACUGCAGCAGCACAGAUGAAAGCAGAGAGGAGCUGGUAAAGGUGUGUAAAGAGUUGGGCUUUAAGGCAGAGGAGAAGAUUCCUUUCUCCAUCUUAUCCCAGCAUCCUUUUCUGCAGGACAUAAUGGAAGGUUCCUCACAGUACCUGCUUACUGACAUUCACAAAAUUCUGCAGACCCACAAAACUGAAGAGCUUUGAAACUUUGUAAACACUAGAGACAACCCACACUAUAAUCAACAUAUUAAUUACAUGUGGUACACACUAAUGUAAUAUGUAAUAAAGC